AUGUUCUCAAGAUUUUAUUUAAUUUUCACUUGUUUUUUGACUCUUCUCUUAUUUCACCUAAAAUUUUAUGAGUACAAAAUAGUGCUCUCCAUUGUGUACAAUGCUCUAUCUAAUGCGGACGCACUGAACAUAAGCUUUUCUGGUAGCCCCGUAUUGCGUUGGCAAGAUGUUUCUUUUACGCCCACUGGAGACUCCCACAGGUCGUGGAUCUUUUUUCCAUGUGUUGACAUUUCAUCAAAAAUAUUGACUAUCCGGUCACUGGAGCUUCCUUACGAUUCUGAAGACAUUCAUUUGGACGCCUCCGUCAAAAAGAAUCUGAAUCUGCGCCAUCUCACCUCCGAUUUUCACUUUAUUGUCAACUAUUCAACUCCGCCAAAAGUCGCCUCCGCUUGGUUAGACGGUGAUCAGGUUGUUGUUGUCGCUGCCAUGGAACAUCUCAAUCAUUCGGCGGAACACACUCCAUUUCGUUUAUGGCUGUUGUCCCGACAUCUGAACACGUUAUGGUCAAAGUCGUUUUCCGUGCCCAUCGCGACUGCCUCUAAGCCGGCCUUUUCUUUGCAAGUCGUGGAUUGUUUCCAUAAGCGGGUCCUUUCUUGUUCCACUGUCCUUUUCAUCUUCGAAAAUGACACUCCAAGUCAUUCCGAGGUGGCGGAUCCGUUCGUUUUUGCAGUAUCCCUGAAGGCCGGCAGUCUACUUUGGCAACAUUUUCCCACCUCUUCUCCCAAAAACCAAAAGAGUUUACUCCAGACCCCUAAGGAGAUUAUGUCUGCCUUCAAUACAGCCUUAAAUGUCUCCUCUCCACUGAGUCGUCAUUGGAAAGUGCAAGCUCUGGCCUCGGACGUCGACCGUGUGUUCAGUAAGAAGUGGCGGAAGUAUCGCGACCUGCUGCUGGCAGCUUUGCCUAUUCGUUGGCACGGAGAUUCCGACACUCGAGCUCUCAUGGUGGACGGUCAGUCGCGCAUACUGUUCAUCUUGCAAUCACCAGGCAUCAGCUUCCUGAAUGGGUCCUCUGGGGAGUUCAUCGCCUCACUGUCGCCGCAUCUGACCUUUAUGAAGAGUGGUGAUGGCGUUCGCCGGAUCGGAUUACGAGACGUGCUCGUUUCGUUGCGCUGGCCGCGGCAGUUCUAG